UUUGCUUGACAGUUUACUAUUCAUCACUAUUUCACUGUGUCUGCUUUAAAUUUUAAUUUUAUUUACGACAUACAUAGUGAUAAUCGUGUUUUAUGCUUAUUUUUAUGUAUAGAAAUGAAUAAGGAUUAAAUACGCUUCUUGAAAACGCCUACAUUUUAUGUUGUUACUAACUACGUAGUUUUAAAAUUAUUUUUUAUUUAUCGUAACAAAGGCUCGAAGUCGAAAGUUUUCUCAUUUCGUUACAUUACCAUAAGCUUUCCUCGGGUACCUAUUAGAUUUUCAUCAAGUAAAUUGUCAACAUGAAGAAGAAGGUAUUAUUGAUGGGCAAAAGUGGUUCUGGUAAAACCAGUAUGAGGUCUAUUAUAUUUGCCAACUAUAUAGCAAGAGAUACAAGACGUUUAGGAGCUACAAUUGAUGUGGAACACUCACACGUAAGGUUUCUGGGUAACCUUGUUCUCAAUCUAUGGGACUGCGGAGGACAGGAAGCAUUUAUGGAGAACUAUUUUGCCUCUCAAAGAGACAAUAUCUUCAGGAAUGUUGAAGUCUUGAUAUAUGUGUUUGAUGUUGAGAGCAGAGAAAUGGAGAAAGACAUGCACUAUUACCAGUCAUGUUUAGAAGCUAUUUUGCAAAACUCACCAGAAGCAAGGAUAUUCUGCUUGGUCCAUAAAAUGGAUCUAGUUGCGGAAGAGAGGAGAGAAGAAAUCUUCAAAACUCGAGAGGAAGACUUGAAAAGGCUCUCUAAACCACUUGAGUGUACUUGCUUUAGAACCAGCAUCUGGGAUGAAACUCUUUACAAAGCAUGGUCCAGUAUAGUGUACAAAUUAAUACCUAAUGUAAAAGCUCUGGAAUCUUCAUUGAAGCAGUUUGCAGACAUUGUUGAUGCUGAUGAGGUACUCCUGUUUGAGCGCGCGACUUUCCUCGUAGUGUCCCACUGUCAGCGGCGCCCGCAUCGCGAUGCUCACAGAUUUGAAAAAGUCUCCAAUAUUGUGAAACAGUUCAAACUGUCUUGUUCUAAACUUGCCGCGCAGUUUCAAAGUAUGGAGGUAAGGAACAGCGUGUUCGCGGCCUUUAUAGAUGGCUUCACGAGUAACACGUACGUAAUGGUCGAAAUGUCCGACCCGAAGAUACCGUCAGAGGCCACACUCAUCAACAUACGUAACGCCAGGAAACACUUUGAGAAACUAGAGAAGGUCUCAUCCAGCGCUCCGAGCCAGUACCAGUGAGACACGUUAAGGGUCAGUUCACACAGGAAUAUAACGCGACGGACAAGACGCACGGAUGCUUGAAGAAAUUGAGUUUAACAGCAUUCAAUCAUUGUGACUCGAAGGACCUUGAAAUUUUCAUUGUUUAAAAAUGUUGGAUAUUUCUUGUUUAAAAUGAUUUGCUGCAGUAGAUCGCUUGUGCAAACUAAACGAUUAUACCCGGUACAGGUCGAAGUGUCUUUUUCUAUGUGUAAAAAUGUUGGCACUACAUUGUUCGAAACAUUGCCCAGUGUCUUUCAAACCUCAAAUAUUUCCUUCCAAUACCUUCUUCAAUGGAAAUCAAGGUCCAUUCUGCUUGCAAACUAUAUCACGUCGUGUCGUACUAUAUCUUGGUGUGAGCUGACCCUAGAGAUGGAAGAAAAUUACACAUCAGUGAUGAUACAAGAAUGAAAGGAAACAUUAUCAAAGAUUGUUAUCUCAUUCUUAUGAUAAUAUUAAAGUAUGGGUAGAGUAGAGGCUAUUUAAUAUGCAAACCAUUUAUUUACUCUCCAAUGUGCAUUGAUAUUUAUGCCUCUACUUAGAAUAAGUGAGUUGAUGCCUUAAAUUAAUGAGUGUUUCCAAAUCAGUUUUCAUUUGGUUUUAAAUUUUAAUAUAUUAUUUCGUUGAAUUAAUCUUUGCAAAUUUAUUAGUAACGUUAUCAAUAUUUAAGAAAUUUUUACUGCAUUCCAUUAAAUAAAUUGGAUAAAAGAAAAAUAUUUCAUAAAGUUAUAUAUUCGGAAAGACUCCAAAAUUGUGGAACUGUAAAAGAGUACUAAAAGCCACCGAUUGUGUGAUCUUUGUUAUUUUUAAAUUUUAAUCGUCUCUUAUUUUAAUAGGUCAUAAAUUAUAACCAUUUGUUAAUCUUGUAUAAUAUAAUAUAAUAAUACAGUUUUAAAUAAAAAAAGUUUUUUAUAUUUAAUAAUAUAAUAUGUAUAUAUAUAUAUAUAUUGCAUGAUUGAAAAAAUUGAGUUACUUUUUGCUUUUGAGUGAGUGAACCUAUAUAAAUGUUUUACCUGUUUCAGCGCUUCUUAUAAAGAUGGCAAAUAUUUUAUAAAUUUUAGCAUUGUGCUGCAAAGGGGUAAUCUAUUUAAUCUUUAUCAAUUCAAUCCAUUCAAUAUUAUUAAGCACUGAAUGUUUUUAUUGUAAACAAUGGUAACAACGUUUCUAAUUUUGUUCUGACUUAUUUUUAUUUCUCUCUCUUCCCAAAUUGAUUUGAUCUAGUUUAUAGAUACGACCCCAAACACAUAUCUCAUUGUACAAAUUAUUGCUUGUUAUAUUUUUAAAGGCGUAUAAAAUUAAGUAUAUGUACAGUGUACACUCAUCCGAAUUCUGUUUCGAUUCGUUGAAUCUAAUGCUAAAUUACUUUAAUCUGUUUUAACUGUUUGUUUCAAGGGUUCGUUAUUUUCCGCGAUUUUUACUUCCACUAGUCUUUAGGCAACUUUAUUUUAUAACCAAUAAUUAAUGGCUGUAAAUAAAUGUAUAUUGGUGCUAAUGAUAAAAAUGGCACCUUCUUUAACAAAUUUAGUGGAGGUAGCGGCUAGCGCGGACUCUUAUUAGGUAGGUACCUAAACUAUUUUCUUAUGUUUCAUACAAUAAAUAGGUAGGUAUAUAUAUAAAAAUGUUACAUUUUAAGACCUGAUAAAUAUCUACCUUUUUAAUUGUUAUGUAAUAUAAUGUAUGGUAAAGCCAAUUGUCUGUGAUUUUAUAUCAUUAGUUGCUAAUACUGGUUACUUCAAAUAAAUUUAGCCUUAUAAAAGU